AUGGCACCCAGGGUCCCAACAUUAGCCCAGAGUGAGUCGAAAUCAAAGUUCUUUGAAAGACUCGAUCUGAGUAAGGAUGACCCGGCGGACAAGCAACUCUACGCGAUGAUGAAGGUGGAAGCUGCUCAAGGGAGGAAGCGCUUGGUCGAGGACCACCCUUCGUUUGUCGUUACAUAUGAAUCCAUCAACGAGACUGCGAUACACCGCGAGAUCUUGAUCGUAUAUCAACGUGCGAGUCGACAGACGAAGGCCAUCUACGAUCUUGGCCGCGACGUGGAUGGGGUCGAGGAAGAGAAUUGGAUCGUCCGAUGGCUCCUGUGGCAUGCCUUCCGGUAUCGUGAUCAGCGCAACAAUAGAAGCCGCCGCCCAGCAUCUUACCCUUGCGGUUCCGGAGAAGAUGGCCCAGCUCGAAACAGCUCAAGCCAAUCCACAACACCAGCUUCAAGCACCGAGCCUGCCUGUACUAAUAUCUCCCAGAACAGUGAAGGGUCAAUACCGCCUAGUGGGAGCGGAAGAUUUUGGGAUCCUGUUCGUAACAGCUGGCACGAGCCGUGA